CAGCAUGCUCCUCAACUGUUGGUUAUUUUCGCCCAGUGGAACUUUUGGGGAGUGAGACACACAUUUCAAAUAGAACAACUGCCAGCAGACGAAAGACAGAAUGUGGCGGCUGGCUUUCCUGUGCGUGAUCUCAGCCCUUUCAGUUAGCUGGGCUCGUCCUCGACUUGCUCCUCUCUCCCAUGAGAUGGUCAAUUUCAUCAAUAAAGCAAACACUACUUGGAAGGCUGGACACAACUUCCAUGAUGUGGACUAUAGCUAUGUGAAGAGGCUGUGUGGGACUUUGCUGAAAGGACCCAGACUCCCUGUCAUGGUACAGUAUGCUGAUGACUUCAAGCUCCCCACUAACUUUGAUGCCAGAGAGCAGUGGCCCAACUGCCCCACUCUUAAAGAGAUCAGAGACCAGGGUUCUUGCGGCUCAUGCUGGGCUUUUGGGGCUGCUGAAGCCAUAUCUGACAGAGUAUGCAUCCAUAGCAAUGCCAAAGUGAGUGUGGAGAUCUCCGCUCAGGACCUGCUUACCUGCUGUGACAGCUGUGGUAUGGGGUGAGUUAAGCCAAUGCAGUAA